GCCACUCAGACAGGAGGCAAGUUGAUUAGACCACCAGCUAGAACAGACAAUGAUGAGGUGGUAAAGUACUGCUCAUGAAAGUAUAAUUCGCGUGCAUUCAGACAGAUUUAUAUAUACUGUACGACAUAUUGUGGAGAAAAUGACGACUACCACGACAUUUCAAGGGAUGGAGCCCGGUGCUAAAAACAGUUCCAGGGUUUUGCGUCCUCCUGGUGGUGGCUCCAACAUUUCACUUGGUGCAGAUGAGGAGAAACCUCCUGUUCGGAAAAACAAGAUGGCCUCCAGUGUUUUCGCUGAGCCAGAGGACCCCUAUGCUAAUCGAAGGAACAAUCCGCCAGGUGGGAAGCCCACAGGUGUGCUGUGUGGUGAGCCAUCAGCCCCCCUGAGAAGAGGGGGAAACCACGCCACCAAUCACUCUGGAGACGACCCCACCACAGAUGGAGAAAAUAUUGUGCGUAAUAAUGAAAGUAGUGCUGCUGAACCUGAAGCAGUUCCAGAGCAGGCACCACAGGCUGAGGAGCCGCAGGCUGAGGAUCCCCCUGCAGGACUACCAUCUGGUCGCCGAAAUCCUCCAGGGGGCAAAUCCAGCCUCAUCCUAGGCUGAGUGCCACUCAACCACCCCUGCUUACCUCCACUCGUCAAACUCAUCUUUUUUUUUUUUUUUUUCCAAACAAGAUACCCCAUUCGUCUGUACCGCAUUUAACCCUCUGAUGUCCAGCAGACACCAGUCUCCUCCACAUCCCCAAGUGCAUUGUUUUGAUACCUCUUUUUUGAAAACUGUUUUGUACUGUUUUUAUUGUUUGCUUAUUUUGACAGAAGCACUUUAUGUAUUUCUAUGUAAAUGGUUCAAAGUCAACCUUUGCCCCUGAAAUGCAUUAGACGUGCCAUGAAGGGUACAAGGUUCACAUUUCUCAUAUCAACCAAUGGUAAAAGUCCCCUAACUUUAUGGCAACAGCACAAGGCUGUAGAGGAUUACACAAGCAGUUUGGAGAAGAAGCAAAGAAGAAAACCUUUGCACUGUCUUUAUUUUGGGUCCAUCUUGCAUGCACGUCGGGUCUUUAACGUAUGAAUGUGAGAAGAAACAUAACUGUGAAUUUAUUUUCAAUUAUUUUCUUUUGUUUUACUUUUGUUUUUUUCUUGUGGACUGAUUAUUGUAUUGUUGUUGCAUGAUGUCUUUCUACUGAUUAUAGUAUUAUCCAUAUAGGAGCCAAAUAGGAUCCAUAUAAAUUACUGUAAUUGUGAUCUGAAAGAUUUGUAUUGAGAUAAGCACUGUAGGUCCCAUGUCCAGUAACAAAGUUGGAAACAAGCCUUCUUUUAUAGUGUAGUCAGUAACCCUAGGUUAUUGUAACCCUAGUGCCAGUUUUGACUGCCCCAUGUUUUUACAGGUGAAAUUUACUCUAAAGUGCACGUCUUUGUGUGUUAGGCUACAACAUCAAACAAGGUUGGGUUUCCCAAUAGCAUCCUAGAAAUGUCACAAUGAAUACUCGGCAAAUCAGUGAAAAGCUGUUGGUCAUGACGCUCAAGUGUUUCUAGUAAACUCAUCCUAGAUUUGACAAGUGACCUUAUGACAGCUCAGCCUUCUUUUUCACUCUUUUACCCCCCGAUCCAUUUAAUAUUUCCUCGAAUCUCACUGCAAAUCUUUUGUACAUUAUUCAAACCAAAACAACUUCCUGCUUCUGUUCUCUGGAGUCACGUGUGACUGCUCUGUCUACAAGCUGUCACGCAAGAAAAUCUGCAUUUCACAUACACUAUGUCUUUCCGGUGGUGUUAUUUUUUAUUUAAAAAUGUUACUUUUUAUUUUAUUUUUUUAACGUGUGUUAUGAUGCCAGACGUGUCUGUCAGCAUCAUGUACCAAUUCAUGUUGCUGGAUGUAAGCGACUGCAGAAAUUUGAAUUCAAGAAAUGGCACAAGUGGAAAUUAACAUUAAAAUCAAUUUUGACCAUG